AUGGGAGAUUCAGAGGGUUUGGGAAUGGGGGAACAAGAGACUGGACAGGGACUGGGACAGCCUGGAGUUCUCCAUGGCAUUGAGGAGGUCCAUGUCAACACCAACCUGCUGAGGCCAAUACAGCUCCAGGUAGACCCUGCAUUCCAGCGAGUGCGCUCAGAUGAGAAGGAGCAGAUGAAAGCUCUCAACAACAAAUUUGCAUCAUUCAUCGAGAAAGUUCAAUGUCUGGAGCGCCAGAAUCAAGCACUCUUGGCCAAGUGGGAACUUCUGCAGCAGCAAAGCUCUGGCCCCGAGGAGAGCAGGAACAUCAAUAACUUCUUCCAUUCCUAUGUCACCAACCUGCAGCGGCAGCUCGAGACGCUCCAGAGCCAGAAGGAGCAGCUGGGUCCUGAAGCCUACAACAUGUUCCAGCUUGUUGAGGAUUAUAAAAAGAGAUUCGAGGAUGAGAUCAACAAACGCACCUCCAAGGAGGAGGAGUUUGUGGAGCUUAAAAAGGAACUGGAUAGUGCCUACAUGGGAAAAAUGGCGUUUGAUGUCCGAGUGGAUAUCUUGAGGCAGGAGCUGGAGUUUCUCCGGUGUUUAUAUGAAGCUGAGCUCUCCCAGCUGCAAACGGUUGUUGGGAACACUGACGUUAUUCUGUCCAUGGACAACCACAGGGACCUAAACAUGGAUGGAAUCAUUGAAGAGGUCAGGCAGGAAUAUGAGGGGUUGGCCCACAGGAGCACGGCUGAAGUGGAUGCCAUGUACCGGGGCAGGUACCAGGACCUGCAGAACAUGUGGGUGAAUCAACAAGAGCAGCUAAGGAACAGUCACCAGGAAGUCCAGGAACUUGCCAGGCAGAUCCAAAGACUCCAACCAGAAAUUGAAAUUGCAAGGAAAAGGGACUCAAUCAAAGAUGCUGAGCACCGUGGGAGCUCGGCCAUCAGGGACGGCCAGGAAAAGCUCCAGGAACUGGAAAACACUCUCCAACAGGCCAAGGAAGAUCUUUCUAAGCUUGUCCAUGAUUACCAGGAACUCCUGAACGUGAAACUGGGCCUGGACAUUGAGAUUGCCAUGUAUCGAUCACUCCUUGAGGAGGAGGAGAACAGGAUCCAGGAAGGAUCAUCAGCCACGAUCUCUCUGGUGGUGGUGGGUCAGGUUAUGGAGGAGGAAAAGGAUCAGGAUAUGGAGGCGGAGGAAGCUCUGGCAGUGGAGGGUCCAUCUGUGGAGGAGGAGGAGGCUCAGGUGGAGGAGGCUCCAUAUCCAAGGGCAGCAGCAGCUCUGGCAGUGGAGGAUCCAGCUCUGGUGGUGGUGGGUCAGGUUAUGGAGGAGGAAAAGGAUCAGGAUAUGGAGGAGGAGGAAGCUCUGGCAGUGGAGGGUCCAUCUGUGGAGGGGGAGGAAGCUCAAGUGGAGGAGGCUCCAUAUCAAAGGGUAGCAGCAGCUCUGGCAGUGGAGGAUCCAGCUCUGGUGGUGGUGGGUCAGGUUAUGGAGGAGGAAAAGGAUCAGGAUAUGGAGGAGGAGGAAGCUCUGGCAGUGGAGGGUCCAUCUGUGGAGGAGGAGGACGCUCAGGUGGAGGAGGCUCCAUAUCCAAGGGCAGCAGCAGCUCUGGAAGUGGAGGAUCCAGCUCUGGUGGUGGUGGGUCAGGUUAUGGAGGUGGAAAGGGUUCAGGAUAUGGAGGAGGAGGAAGCUCUGGCAUUGGAAGGUCGAUCUGUGGAGGAGGAGGAGGCUCAGGUGGAGGAGGCUCCAUAUCCAAGGGCAGCAGCAGCUCUGGCAGUGGAGGAUCCAGCUCUGGUGGUGGUGGGUCAGGUUAUGGAGGUGGAAAGGGUUCAGGAUAUGGAGGAGGAGGAAGCUCUGGCAUUGGAGGGUCGAUCUGUGGAGGAGGAGGAAGCUCAGGUGGAGGAGGCUCCAUGUCCAAGGGCAGCAGCAGCUCUGGUGGUGGAGGGUCGAUCUGUGGAGGAGGAGGAAGCUCAGGUGGAGGAGGCUCCAUAA